AUGUCCGGCGCUUUGAAUUGGGCAAUAUUGUUGAAGUUCGAUGACGGUGUCGAGUGGGUUUUCCGAUCGCCCAGGACGAGAUAUGCUGUUGUUGGCGAUACUGCCGCCUGCCGUCUUUUGGCUAGCGAGGCCGCUACGCUGAAGUAUAUCCGCAAACACACUUCUAUUCCUGUUCCAGAGGUGUUCCAUUAUUGCGUGACCGACCAGAAUGAUAUCGGAAUCCCGUACAUCCUUAUGAGCAAGGCUGCCGGCAAUCCUCUCGCAACGUACGACUGGCAAACGUAUAACCAUGAGCGCCCUAAGCCUGCAAGUCCUACAGACCCGGUACGGGCUAUGACUCGGGACGAGAAGGGGAAGAUUAUGAGACAGCUUGGAAACUACGCGUGUCAGCUAUUCCAAUUACGGUUUGCUACAAUUGGAUCCCUCUUCGAACAGGAUGGCGAAGAUUACAACAUCGAGGAGUGUCUCUCCCCCGGUCAUGUUCUCCACGGCCGCGACGAUAUUGAAGAUAUCUCGCGUGGCCCGUACCAUGGAGAGCCCGACUACUACUCCUCCCUCGUCUCUGCCCUUCUUCUACAUGCUGAGCGACUCCCAAUGGAACACCACAUUCUCCUCGCGCCUGUUCCCAUCCCCCAGGAGUACUCAGAUUUCACCAAAUAUCGCUCUGCCGAGCGACGGUGGAACGACUACGCUGCUCUUGGUGGCAAGGCAGAGUCGAGCAAAAAUCGCCUGCAAUACAGCAUUGCUAGCUAUCUCAUUCGCGACCAAAUCAUCCCUCACUUGACUCGGCCGAAUAUCCCGCGGAUGUUCGGCUUUCCUCUAUGUCACCAUGACCUCAGCACCCAGAACAUCUUUGUUGAUGGGGAAUUCAAUAUCACAUGCGUUAUCGACUGGGCAUUCUCGUCCACUGUUCCGCCCGUUCAAUUACUCGGCACCCCUGGUCUACCACACCCCCGGGAUUUGGUGUUUGACUCGGCCUCAGUCGACGCCUUUCGGUCCGGGUUUGAAGACGAGAGCAGGACUAUCGGCGGUUUUGUACCCGAGCCCAAGCACUGGACGAUAGGUGACAUGAUGUCACAUCUAAUGCGCCUAGUGAACCUGGAUGCCCUGCAGGAUUACCACCACUUAGAGGCACUCCAUCAACUUGCACUUAGUUGCUCCAUUUCUCAAGAUGGUGGCGGUGCCAACCAUAUUCGCGCGAUCCUCGCUGGACUGGCCACAAACCCUGAGGCACUGGCGUUGGCGGAAGCACUGGCAGCUGACGACGAGCCCGAAAGCGAAGUCAAAAGGCAAGAUCACACUUGCGUCCGAACAUAA